AUGAGGGGUGCAAGAGAUGCUCCGGCUCCUAUCUUCGAUGUCCAUGAAGAGAUAGACGCGCAUUGGCCGUAUAUCCAGAACAUUCUCCACGAUCUUCGUCGAGUCAGCGACCCUGGUGUUGACGAACCCAUAUCGAAGGGAACAAACAAUGAUGACUGGGAAGAAUUGACAUCCUUGGCUAUCCCUCAAACCACUGCACAGCCCCUGACGAAAGUUGUGCAAGAAGCGUAUCAUAUUUUUGACCACCGCAUGCGAACGAACCAUCCAACGUUCUUCAGCUUCAUCCCGUCAAACUCCACUGAACUCAGCUGGCUCGGAGAUAUUUUGGUGUCUGCCUUCAAUGCUCACACUGGCGGUAGGAUAGCGAGCGCCGGACCCUGUGGCGUGGAAACGGCUCUGGUCGGAUGGCUUGCUUCGAAAAUCAAUUUCCCUUCAACCGCGGGGGGCUUCUUCGUUUCGGGGGGUUCUAUGGCAAACCUGAUGGCCAUGAUCAUUGCAAGAGACCAAGUACUCCCAAGGGGGGCCCGUUCUCGUGGGGUGAUAUACGUUGGAGACCAAGUUCACUAUUCCAUAUCGAAGGCGGCGCGUGUCCUGGGAUUCGGUGAGGAUCAAGUGCGCCAAGUCAAAUGCAAUGCCAGAUUUCAGACUAUGCCACAGGAUCUCCAGAGGCAAAUUCGACGAGACAAACAGACCGGCCUGAUCCCGUUCCUGGUUGUUGCUACCUUUGGCUGUACCGAGACCGGUGCUAUAGACCCUAUUGAUGAGAUCUCGAAAAUUGUAUCCGGAGAAGGGCUAUGGCUACAUGUUGAUGGUGCUUUCGGUGCGUCAGUGGCAUUGUCAUCGUCGCGGCAGGAAGUGGCAAGCGUGUUAGGUCUCGCACAUAGCGUGUCUUGGGACGCACACAAAUGGCUGUUCCAAACCUACGGGUGCGGUAUGCUACUUGUGCAUGAUAAGAAUAAGCUGGUGUCCAGCUUUCACUCUAAGGCCGAUAUUAUCGACCGGGAGAGAAGGCUGGAGCCAGAUAUCGGAGAGUUCUGGGAUUUCGGUAUUGAGCUGACCAGGCCGUCUCGGGCUAUGAGGCUCUGGUUCACUUUUAGAGUCCUGGGCGAGGAGCGCAUCGGCACAUGGAUCGAUCACGGGCCCGAUCUCACGGAGACUAUUCAAUCAUGUCUGGAAGAAAGGCCUUGCUGGGAGAUCGUGUCAAGGGCCAGCUUGGGGAUUCUUAAUUUUCGAUACAAUCCCGGAGGAAUGACGGAGGAAGCGCUGGCGAAGGUCAAUGAGCAGAUACGUCAGGCUAUGCUGGCGAGCAGUACUGCUGCGUUCAUGACCACGAAGCUACAAGGCAAGGUAGCCUUGCGGAUCUGCUGCAUCACUACCCAUCUGGCAAGAGAGCACGCUGUCAAUCUGGUGAGAGUUUUGGACCAGACAGCCAGGGCCGAAUACGAGCGUCAGCAACACCCCUCCAGACGUCCAUCUGCCGCUCUCCGGAGAUGA